AUUUGAGGCAAUAAACACUUUGAGGAGUCUAAAGUAGGUGUGUUCAUCUCUUCACCAGCUCCUUCAACUCUUCGUUUUCUCACUAUCCACCACUUUUCCAUUUGCAGCAGCCACUCAUUUUUUCAGUACGUCCCUCCAAACCAAGGAUUGUUAGACAUGGCUUCUGGUGUGGCUGUAAGUGAUGAGGUAAUCAAGUGCUAUGACGAAAUUAGAGUCCGCUAUCAAGGUAGUGAGGAAAAGGAGCGGUUUAAACUAAUAAUAAUGCGCUUAAGUGAAGACCAAAAGAGCAUUGUCGUGGACCACAAAUCCACACUGAAGGUCAAAGACAUUGUGAAUGAAAAAAAUGUCUUUGAAAAGAUUGUCAGCAUGCUGCCCCUGACAGACUGUUGCUACGCCCUGUAUGACUGCAAAUAUGAGACCAAGGAUAGUCAAAAGGAGGACCUGGUUUUCAUCAUGUGGGCUCCAGAUAAUGCAUCCAUAAAAAAGAAAUUGCUCUAUGCAAGCUCAAAGGCUGCUUUGAAGAACAAACUACAAGGACUGAAGUUUGAAUGGCAGGUGAAUGACAAUGCAGACAAGCAAAUGUCAGUUCUUGUGGACAAGCUGGGUGGAAGCCGCAUUGUUACGUCUUUAGAGGGAAUAAAUGUUUAAAGCCACAAAACAAAACACCAAAUCCUCUUAAACUUUAAAUUGGAUCAUCUUUAUAGAUAAAAUUAUUUGGGCAAUAUAAAUGCUUUUUAAUAUAAAAAGUGCUGUGUUUUUUUUUAUAUAAAGAUGGUUUCAUUUUUGCACACUGGAAAUGUUACAUAUGUCAUACCUUCAUGCUUCAUUGUAUAGAGAAAAAAACCCUUCGAAAUAAUCAAUUUUAUCCUUUUUAAAUUAUAUAAAUUGAAAUCUUACACUAUUGUUUUUGAACACUAUAUCACAAGCAUUUAAAGAUUAAAGAUUAAAUAAACAGUUUUGGAAACCCA